AUGACGACAGUCGUGGACCUUCGGUGGGAGACUGGAGAUCAUUGCAUCUUUGGUGGAGACGAUGAGAAUAGGAUAAGGUUGCUAGGCUGUUCGAAUCUCGAUCGGUAUUCGCCGUCGAUUUCAUUUUUCCACCAUCGUUGUUCACCGGAGUCUGAAGAAUCUUGUUCCGGACGACAGAUCUCGAGGAAAAGCUAUUCGAGUCGUUCCGAGGAAGAAACUCUUUCUUAUAACAAUCGAUAUAAUCACAGAUCUUUUGUUAGCGAUCAUGAUCAAAGAAGACAUCGAUACGUUGAUGGUGAUUAUGACAGGGACUAUCGUCGCACGUCUUCACAACCAAUUCAUCAUGGUUUGGACAACAGAAACAAAGCAGCAGAUGAUGUUCGUGAAUUUUUCGUUAUGAUAUUGAGCUUGAUUUCCUGAAAACUUCCCCAAAUCAAUGGAUAAUUUUGAUCGCCGGUUUCUUGCAUCGAAUUUGCAUUCUGAUCUAUUAUUUUGUACGAUUCCUUUGAAAUUAUUAAUGGAAUUGCAGAUUGUUUUUCUUGAUCUAGAUUUUGAAUGAUGUGCAAUCUUAGGGGGUAUAAUGACAAAUACUAUGCUAUAGAAUCAAGAAACUGGGGUUUGCUUUGGGAGUUAGUAAUGGUGACUGAAGCCAAUUUUCUGUAAAGUAAUGGUGGAAAACCAUCUAACAAGUUGUUUCAAAUGUUUGCAACGAAAAGUGCUUAAUUUUUUUGUAUUUUUAAUAUUCUCUUCCCCAUCUAAACCAAUACGAUUCUUACUUUUAGCAGAAAUUAGUGAAAUGGAAGCUCAGUUCUUUCGGUUUCUAAAGAUAGUGGGAGUUGGUUUCAAAGCAAGAGCUGAAUCUGAAGGGCGACUUUUGUUUCUGAAAUUGGGUUACAGUCAUGAGGUGGAGUUGACAGUUCCUCCUGCAGUUCGAGUAUUUUGUUUCAAGCCCAAUAUUGUGUGUUGCACUGGAAUCGACAAGCAAAGGGUGCACCAGUUUGCUGCUGCUGUUCGCAGUUGUAAGCCCCCUGAAGUUUACAAAGGGAAAGGUAUUAUGUAUGUUGAUGAAGUUAUAAAGAAGAAACAGGGAAAGAAAUCAAAAUAGUUUUGAUGAUGAAAGUGAAACCCUGGAGAUCGGCAGUGUUAGUUUUUGUGAUUGGAACAUUAUACUUUGUCCUUAAAUUGUUGAAUAAUUUAUGAUUUGAUACAUAAAUUCGUAGUGCAGUGAGAGUUAUAGCCUACAUUUUGUUUUUGACGAUUGAAUCCUGCGAAAGAUUGAUACCCAUGGAUAUGGGUGGAACUCAUUGUCACCAUAAUCGUUGCUUAGAUUAAAAAAAAUGGAUUUUGGUCCAUUUAAAAAAAAAUUGUUUUUUCUUUCGUUAUGGCCCCUAUUUGCUUCCCCUGAAGCCAUUUUGAAGGUUUCAUCUUCUUUAACAAUACCAUUCAUCAAAAUUACCAAGAAGU